CUGAGCCCGGGCCAUGGGGAAGGAACAGGAGCUCCUGGAGGCCUCCCGUACCGGGAACCUGCCCGCAGUGGAGAAGCUGCUGUCGGGCAAGCGCCUCAGCUCGGGCUUCGGCUCCGGUGGCGGCUCCGGGUCCUCAGGGGGAGGCGGCAGCGGCGGCGGUAGUGGCGGCGGCGGGGGGCACCCGCUCUCCAGCCUGCUCAGCAUUUGGAGAGGGCCAAAUGUGAAUUGUGUUGACAGUACUGGAUAUACUCCAUUGCACCAUGCUUCUUUGAACGGUCACAAGGAUGUAGUGGAAGUUCUGUUGAGGAAUGAUGCGUUAACAAAUGUAGCUGACUGCAAAGGCUGUUAUCCUCUUCAUUUGGCAGCUUGGAAAGGAGAUGCUGAGAUAGUAAAACUGCUAAUACACCAAGGACCAUCUCACACUAAAGUGAAUGAGCAGAAUGCUCUUGAGAUCAAAGAACUCAAAAAGUACGGCCCCUUUGACCCCUAUAUCAAUGCCAAGAAUAACGACAAUGAGACGGCUCUGCACUGUGCAGCUCAGUAUGGUCAUACAGAGGUGGUGAAAGUUCUACUGGAGGAAUUGACUGACCCUACCAUGCGCAAUAACAAGUUUGAGACACCUCUUGAUUUGGCUGCACUCUAUGGGAGAUUGGAAGUUGUGAAGAUGUUGCUCAAUGCUCAUCCCAAUCUUCUAAGCUGCAAUACUAAGAAACAUACCCCCUUACAUCUGGCAGCUAGGAAUGGCCAUAAAGCUGUUGUACAUGUUCUUCUAGAUGCUGGCAUGGAUAGCAAUUACCAGACAGAAAAAGGCAGCGCUUUGCACGAAGCUGCUUUGUUUGGCAAAACAGAUGUGGUACAGAUACUUCUAGGUGCAGGCAUUGAUGUGAAUAUAAAGGAUAACAGAGGUUUGACGGCUUUGGAAAUCGUGAGGGAACUUCCUUCUCAGAAAAGCCAACAAAUAGCAGCUCUUAUUGAAGAAUGUACAAUUGGGAAGAACACGGCAAAAGUAGAAGAAAAGAUACCAGUAUCAGUUAUUUCUACUGAUACCUCAGUUCGGGUACUCCAAGGGAAUGUGGACAAAGUAACAGAACUGAUAGCUGUUUUUGAUGGAAAGCAAGAAGAGUGUCCGUAUGAAGUUCUGUACAAUGCCACAUCCUGUCACUCUUUGGACAGCCUGGCCAGUGGAAAAUCUUCAGACAGAGACUCAGUGAAUAGGGAAGCAGAGAUGACCAGUGUUAAAGGGACAGGAAUGAGGCCUAGAGAGCGUCCACCUCCUCCUGCCAAGCCUCCCCCUGAUGAAGAGGAGGAGCUUGAAGAGAAGAAGCAGAGUGCCUCCUCUAAGGGUUUGGUUGCCAAGAGGAAGAGCAGGGGAAGCACAGCAGAUGAAGAGGAAGAGCAUCCUUAUGAGUUGUUGCUAACAGCAGAAACUAAGAAGCACGUUACAGUUGACAAAAAAACAAAAGGCGAAUCAUCUCCAGGUGCUGCCAGCAGUGUCCAGCCUCAGGCCUGGCCACGCAAGGGUCUGCCUUCUCAGGAUGGCCAAUGGCCACUGAAUUGCCAAGGUUAUUGUGAUCUUUCUUCUAGCCAUUCCGAACAACAACAGAGUCCUGAAUCACACUUGAUAGAUGUCUCAAAAGACGAGACGAGGAGCAGCAGUAGCCACAGCCAAGUGGAUGCCCAGGAUGUCCAAGUACUGGAUCAGUUCUCAGGUCUACUGCAUGGUUCUUCUCCGGUAUGUGAAAUAAAUGAGGACCCUUUCAGACUCAUUUCUGCUGUGGGUAAAGGAAGUACAGAGGGGACUGCUAUGCAGCUGGAAGAUGUUGAUGCAUCUGGAAAAGUACAGACUAGCACUGCAGAUCAAAAUAAAGUGGUCUAUUCAACCAUCUGCCAUACAAGUGACAAACUGGAUCCUGAAACUUUAGCACAUCUUCACUUCCCACAGCAUCCUACUGGUGUUGAGGAAGGAGACAAGAGCUGUGCUGUGGGCAGAGUCCACCCAGGAGGCAAACCCAGAUCAGAUCUCAAACUUAGCCGUAGCUUGUCAAAAUCGGACUCUGACCUUUUGACCACCUCACCAACAGAAGACGAUACUAUGGGGAGCAGAAGUGAAUCACUUUCCAAUUGUAGUGCUGGCAAAAAAAGGCUGGAGAAAUCACCCUCCUUUGCUUCAGAAUGGGAUGAGCAGUUUCAGCCCAAAGUGCCUGGUGUCUCCGAAGUUCAGUCUUUCUCCAAUAUUGAGAAAAUCAUGAGCUCCAUUGGUGAAGGCAUCGAUUUUUCUCAGGAGCAGCAGAGGAUUUCAGGUUCACGGAUGCUGGAGCAGAGCGUUGGGGAGUGGCUGGAGUCCAUUGGCUUACAGCAGUAUGAGAGUAAACUGCUUCUCAAUGGCUUUGAUGAUGUUCGAUUCCUGGGCUGUAAUGUUAUGGAAGAUCAGGACCUCCGGGAGAUUGGUAUUAGUGACGCACAGCACCGCAGAAAACUUCUCCAGGCAGCACGUUCUCUUCCUAAGGUAAAAUCUCUGGGCAGUGAUGGGACUCAGCCUUCUGUUCCUGCUUGGCUUGAUUCCCUGGGACUGCAGGAUUAUAUUCAGUCAUUUCUGUCAAGUGGCUACAGCUCUAUAGACUCUGUGAAAAACCUCUGGGAGCUAGAACUAGUCAAUGUGCUUAAAGUAAUUCUUCUUGGUCAUCGUAAGCGUAUAAUAGCCUCCCUGGCAGAUAGGCCAUAUGAGGAGCCUCCACAAAAACCACCACGGUUCUCUCAGCUAAGGUGCCAGGAUUUGAUGUCCCAGACGUCCUCACCACUGAGCCAGAGCGACUCCUGCACAGGGAGGUCUGCAGAUCUGCUGCUGCCUUUAGGGGAUACUGGAAAAAAGAGACAAGAGAGUAGCCGAGAUACUGCCUCUUACCCUAGAGCUGACAGAAUCAAGACGCAGGAGGAAUGUCGUGAACCCAAACUUACACUCAGACCCCCAAGUCUGGCUGCUCCUUAUGCCCCAGUCCAACACUGGCAGCACCAGCCAGAGAAGCUUAUAUUUGAGUCCUGUGGGUAUGAAGCCAAUUAUCUUGGAUCCAUGUUAAUCAAGGAUCUUCGUGGGACAGAAUCUACACAGGAUGCCUGUGCAAAAAUGAGGAAAUCAACAGAGCAUAUGAAGAAGAUUCCAACUAUAAUAUUAUCCAUCACUUAUAAAGGAGUGAAGUUCAUAGAUGCAUCUAAUAAGAAUGUAAUUGCUGAGCAUGAAAUCAGGAACAUUUCGUGCGCUGCCCAGGACCCAGAAGAUCUCUGUACAUUUGCCUAUAUCACCAAGGACUUGCAAACCAGCCACCACUACUGCCAUGUCUUCAGUACAAUUGAUGUAAAUCUGACAUAUGAAAUCAUUCUGACAUUGGGUCAAGCAUUUGAAGUAGCCUACCAGCUGGCCCUCCAAGCUCAAAAAUCAAAACCUACAGGUGCUUUGACAUCUGAAAUGGUAGAAACAAAAUCUUCAAAACCGGUGCCUAAGCCUCGAGCCAGCAUGAGGAAAUCAACACUGGAGUCAUCUGAAGUGGACCAAGACUCUCAAUCUCAUGCUAGUGUGUCCUGGGUUGUAGAACCCAAGCAGGAUUCCAAGAGGACCCUCAGCACUAAGUAUGAGACUACUAUCUUCUGAAAAGCAAUCCUGCAUCCAUCCUGUCUAACCGUGCCUUUGCAGUCUGAUCUGUCUGCUCUUCUAAACCCCUCCAUCCUCCCAUUGCUGGCAAUAGGUUUGGCACCAUCAGGGACGGCAGCACUAGGAUACCAUAAACUAAACAGUUUUUUGUAUCUGAUUUCUACUGAACACUGUGAAUUCUCCUAAAUCAGAAACAAGGGUAACUCAUUGAAAGAGCCGCCUAUUUAAGAUGUCUGUGAGGUGGGAGAAACAAAGCCAAUGGGAGUCGAAUAUAUGGAUUUGGGAAAACAUCAGAUGUUUGUUGACUUUCUCUUCAUUUUGACACUGUGAAUUUCUGGGGUGAAAUAACACCCCACAGGCCUUUUCUAUUUAGCAUUCUUAUUCUUGGACUGUUCUAGAAGUUUGGUCUCCAAUAGGUACGUGCUGUCUCAUCUAGAUUUAUACCUCCAUACUGAGCCAUGGCCACGAACUGUUCCAAGUAGCGUUCUUUUACCUGUCAUCUUAGAAGACGCUAACCACUGUGAUACUGCUUGCAAACCUCUUGCUUACCAGAUUUCCUAGCAUGGAUCCUGCUCACAGUCUGCUGCCCCUGGAAACCUCAUUGCAUGGUGUAAUAUACAAGCCUACUAGGCAGUGUGACUGCUUCCGUUUUCUUUCUCUCUUUCCUAGGAGUUGGGCCUGGUAUAGAUAGUGCCCUACAGGAAUAUUUUCAGCUGUCCAGUAAAUAUACAGGGUACCUGCUUGUUGCUGUUGUCAUGAUAGGAUUUGCCGCUAGAAAUUUCUGUUUAUGCCAACCAUUCUGCUUACAGGUUAUUUUGAAUAUCGUUCUUUGGAUUUUGAAUAUAUUAAAACUUUCAAAGGCACAGGUCUCAAAUUCUAAACUGUGCACAGAAGUCUAUCUAGGAAUCUAACUAAAAUGUACAAGGUGCAGGGAUGGUGGUGGUAGAAAGAAUAUUAUUCCUAUAGAACAGAUUUUCCCUUUGGAAGAAAACAUUCAUCUCCAAAGCCUCAUGUUGAUCUUAUUUCUCUACAGUCUGCUAAAUGCGACAUUCUGAGUACCCUGGAGGUUCCCAAGCGUUUAACCCUUUCUUUUUACAGACAGGUCAGAGUGUGUUGUGUUUGGCUUCUCACCAUUCAAAUACAAGCUUUACUGUAAAGGAAGGUUGGCUUCUGUAUUAAGACCAAACUUUUCCCCUCAAACCAGUGGGUUUUGAUAUAGUAAUGGAGCUAAAACAAUAUACUAGUUACCGUACUGGAUAAGGCUCUCAAAUGUCAUCACAGUGGAUUAAGUGGGGCUUGACACUUGCCUGUUGUUCCUGUUAUAAUUUCCAGGAGUAGCUUCCUUCACAAUUCCACUCUCCCCUCACUGUCCUUCCAACGUGACCUCAUUCUCUUGUGAUUCUUAGCUCUCAUUUCAUUUUGCACAGAAAACAGGUUUAUAACAAGGCUGAACAUCUAAGUUCCUUUGUUACAUACACAUUUCUUCCUAAAUUUGGAUCUUGCUCUGUGACACCAGAGAAGGGAUGAUAGAACAUUAUGAUUCCUUGUAGCCAGCACCUCUGAGGCUUUUAUAGAUUUUCCUUGCCUUUUUACAGAUUUGUGUAUUUCUUAAGUACUUUCUGUAAACAUGCUUGUUUCUUAUCUCUCUUCUGUGAGACAAGCAAAUGCAAGGUGCUGUAACCACCUGUUCCAAAUUGGGAGCUAUCUUUGGAUAAGAAUCAAAGGUAGCUAACAUGCAAACACAAGAGCUGCUCUUCCCUCUUUUCUACUUGCUGUAAUAAAUUUGGCUAUUAGUCUUUGUGGUUUAAAUAAAAAUGAAACACAUUCAAAAUUGUUUGAGAGGUAAUCUCAAGAUACAUCUAUCUGUUCUUUGCCAUGUGCUGUCAUAUUUGAUAUUUGAACUCUUAAGAAAAUUACAAAACAAACAAUUGUUUCCCUCUCUUGAAGAACAUAACUCUCCACUGCCGGCAUUGGUGGCUGUUAAUCAGACAUCCUGCAGCUCUCAAUAAAUAACAUCUGAAGGUGCUUGGUUCUUCUAAAAACCAAGUAACAGUGCACAUGCCUUUUAAUGGUGAAUUAUCCAGGAUAUCAAAGCAGUUGAUUAUGAACAGACAGCCUCUUCCAUAUGGCUGUAACCCAAAGCUGUGGCUUUAAGUUGUCCAUCAUCAUAAGCAUCUUUCAGUUGUUUGACAUAAAUUAAAUCACUCGUUCCCUAUUUGUAUUUCCAUUAAUAUUGUACCCAUUCUGUUUGCUUCUGCCAAGCUGAACUACAGACAUCUGCGUUCCACCAAGGAAAUGUAGUAAAGGGACAGAGCACUAAGAAGCAAUGAAAUCCUGGCGGUAUGAAGAUCAGCCCCUGGCUCUGGGAUGUGUCCUUGGCUACUCAUUAAGGGCUUCCAGAGUUGAGUGAAAAGGAAUUCCAGUGACAAAACAAAAAGCAGUAUGCAUUUCUAGCAAGAGAACAGAGACUUCUGAGGUCAAAAGACUGAUGCCAUAUGUUCUAGCUUGAAACAUACUCAUUUUUUUUACAAGCAGUGAUACUGUGAAAUUCACAUUUUCACUGUAGUGUGUUGCAUUGAUGGGGAUGGAGAAUCUUUACUAGAAGAAAGUACAGGAUAUGCUUUGCCAUUCAAAACAGGCUGAGAAGCCAAAAUCAUUUAAAAUCAUGCAUUUGGGUAAGCAGUAGACAGAUUCCCAAGUCUUUGCAAUUAUAUAUUUAAUGUAAAGGUACUAGUAACUAGAAGAUGAUUUGCACACUUCAUAAGCUUACUAAGUGGGAAAUAGAUUGUCUUAAUGAAAUCCAACGGUAUGUAAUCUUGCAAAAUCCAGGUACAUGGCCUGCUUUCACUGCAAAGAAAGGUAGCAUGGUAAUAGUUCUUUUCUGGUGAAGAUAACAGUUUUUCUCCCACAUACAUACUUCAUUGAAUAACUGGACUAUGACUCCUUGCAUCUCAUUCAACUACCAUGUUUUAAAACUAUGUUUGAGCCCUGGAGGGUUGGGAUUUUUAAGGUUUAUUCACUGAUUAGCACUUUUCAUAGUACAUUAUUUAAGUAAAUUUAUAACAAUUUCAGAAUAUAAAAAUGGAGAGAUUUUGGGCAUUGUGCUGAAACAGUUGAUUUCUGAUUCAUAUGGAAGCUGUGCUUAUUAUGCUUCCUGCAACUUCACAGUCUCUAACACUGAUUUUGGCUGUGAUGAAUGCAUCUUUCUUUGGCCUAUUUGGAAAGAUGAGGAAGUGCAAAUAGAUUGAUGAUGGGUUGUGGUAUCCUACUACUGUGUUAAUGGCUUGCUUCAACUUCAAUUACUGCUGUAUCUUUAAGAUGUAAUUUAGUGUUAUUCCAGUUGAUGAAAAUGCAAAGAACCAAAUGACAACUCAAAAGGUCUGGAUCUGAAAAUAAUCUGUAGAUGAAUUUUGGGAACAUGGCAUUCAUUUUAAAUCCACAUGUGGGUAAUAUGCAGGUGUUAAUAUAAAAACUGUUAUAUUGAUAAGCCUGUUCUGAGAGAAUGCAAACUGAACUGUUUUCUUUGGAGAAGAGAUAGCAUUAGAGGAUAGUUGGUUGUAGAAAUAGAUGGUGAAAGCUUUCUACUUGUUUCUUCCAGUGAUUAGGUGUCUCAGAGUACAUAUGAACUUAGCAAUAUCUAUGAUGGUGCCUAUUGUUUAGGUAGUUAAAGCACUGUGGAAUUGGCUUGUCCUUAAAAUUUGUUAUCCCCAGGCUCCAAAGCAACUGGAUGCUUGUACAGUAUUUGAGACUUUUGCCUCUUCACAGGGAUUUGCCACACACUGAGAAAAAUGCCCUGAAUUCCUGGCAAUGAAAUGUUUUAAGGUCCGACUCCUCAAUGAAAAUGCUAUCACUGUUCCUAGCACCAUCUAUGUUCCUUUUGCCAGUGUUCCUCCGUAACUUUCCCUUUUUACAAAGAUGUCAUCUUCAGUAGACCUAAAUUUCUAUAAUCCUCUAAUUCUGUUCUGGUCAUAAAAACCAGUCUCCAGAUUUCAAAGUGCUGAGUUUGAGGAAAGCCUGUUUGAAUGAGAUACAUUCCAAAUUACAAUUUAAAGCAGCUUCGAAUGGUGAGCUGUGCUGGCCUGCUUGCAGCUCUUACAGACCAGAUAUUUGAUAGUAUGUCACCUUUUUGAAUAACUUCUACACUGAAACUAAAAUGGGUUGGGUAGUAGUACUUCACUUCUCCACUCAGUCCUCUUUUGCAUGAUCAGUAUGAAUGUCUAUCAACAGGACUUUUUGCUGUGCUUGUCCCUGAAGGGACAGACAGAUUCUCAGUAACAGGCAGUUUGGUUUACAAUGUGGACACUUUUUUGCUAAUUGUGAUGUAUGGCAGUGGGACUGAUUUUGUAAUAAAUUGUUAUUUAAUCUGUCUUUGUAUUUUGAUACUUGAACUAUUUCCUUUUUAUUUCCUGUAUAUAAAAAUUGUUACUCUUUCCAGUUUGUGGUACCAAACAUAACCAAUCUGUGCAACAACAUAGACUGACCUCACUACAACAAGGCGAGACUGUAAAUAUUCCUGGGCUUCCAGCAGUCGUUUUGUUGUUUUGUUUUUCAUAAUUGUACAACUUAGAACAGACUAAAUUAAUAAAAUUAGACACACAUCUGUUUUUGUUGCUGUGGUAUGAGUAUUAAGUGUGCUGUGUAUCACGAGAAGGCUACAGUCUUAAGUAUGCUUGUAAAUACCUUUCACUGAAACCAUCUCGGACUGCCUUAAAUAAAUGUUUGUAUCAUUUAA